AUGGAUGGUGCACUGGCGGAACCACGUGCAGUCCAUCAGUGUAAUAUCUGUAACAAAAUAUUCGUAUCCUUUAAAGGUUUACAACAACAUGCCGUGAUACACACAGAUCAAAAGCCCUAUCAGUGCGAUAUCUGUGGGAAAUCGUUCCGAUUCAAAUCAAAUUUAUUCGAACAUCGUUCAGUACACACGGGUUUCACACCUCAUUCAUGUCCAUAUUGUGGCAAAACAUGCAGAGGAGAAACUUCUAUUGCUUACCAGCAACAGCGAAUUGUUGAAAUUGACUUAUGUUGGCUUUCAGAGAACUUACACAUCCAGAAUGCAUAUGAAACCUGA